AUGUUUUAUUAAAAUCCUUAAAAUAUUUACAAAAUUGCUUAUUCUUUUUAUUUAAUUGUAAUCAAUAGUUGGAAAUCACCAUAUUUAAACUUAANUUAAUACAACCAAACCAGAGGAUAAAGACAGGUACGAAAUGCUAAAGAUAUCAAUUUAGAGUAUUUGUUAUAACAUACUUCUUGAAUGAUGACAGUCUAUUGGUUUAUGAGCCAACUGUAAGAAACUCAGGAAUCCCUGAUGGCAAGUUUUUAGAGAAAAGAAAAUACAAGAAUGUUAACAAUAAUAAUGAAUAUUUUAUUCCUCAAGAUUUAAUUGUAGGAAACGAAGUUGUGAUCAAUGGGUGGAGAUUUCAGUUGCUUGAUUGCGAUGAAUUCACUAAAAAGUGGUAUGCUGAAAAUUUUAAAUGA